AUUUUCAACGGUUUGACGAAUCUCAGACAUCCUAGUAAGAGCAACAUUAAACAAAGUUGUAGAUAUCUCAAAAAAUUGCAGAAUGGCAGUGACGAAUCAACUCAUGCUGAACUUGAGGAGAAUAAAACAAUAGAAAGGCCCUCCCUUCCCUCCCCUCCCCUCCCCUCCCAUCCCAGUCUGGUACUUGUAGUUGUACUAUGGCUGCUGCGUCGUCAAGUGAGCACAUAGACGUGUUCUGGCACGACGGAAUGCUGGAACACGAUCCCGGCCAGGGCGUGUUUGAUACAGGAAUGGACCCGGGAUUCCUGGAUGUGCUAGAAAAUCACCCAGAAAACGCAGACAGAAUCAAAAACAUAGUCUCCAUUCUUAAGAGAGGCCCUAUUUCUCCCUACAUCGCUUGGCAUUCUGGCAGAUCUGCUCAAGUCGCUGAGUUGCUAUCUUUCCACACCUCAGAAUACAUUGAUGAACUGGUCCAAGCAGACAGAGAAGGGGGAAAGAUGAUUUGUUGUGGAACUUUCUUAAAUCCUGGCUCAUGGGAUGCUUCUUUGCUCUCUGCGGGUACUACAUUAUCAGCAAUGAACCAUAUUCUUGCUGGACAUGGAAAACUUGCUUAUGCAUUAGUGAGGCCUCCAGGUCAUCACGCUCAGCCUACACGAGCAGAUGGAUAUUGUUUCCUUAACAAUGCAGGUCUUGCUGUGCAAUUGGCCUUGGAUUCAGGGUGCAGAAAGGUUGCAGUUAUUGAUAUUGAUGUGCAUUAUGGCAAUGGAACUGCCGAGGGGUUCUAUCAGUCUAAUGGAGUACUUACAAUUUCUCUUCAUAUGAAUCAUGGUUCAUGGGGUCCAUCUCAUCCACAAAAUGGAUCUAUUGAUGAGCUUGGUGAAGGAGAGGGUUUUGGCUAUAAUUUAAAUAUACCUCUACCCAAUGGGACAGGUGACAAGGGAUAUGAGUGUGCCAUGACUGAAUUGGUUAUCCCAGCCAUUAACAAUUUUGAACCUGAUAUGCUAGUUAUGGUUGUUGGCCAAGAUUCAAGUGCUUUUGAUCCAAAUGGAAGGCAGUGCUUGACAUUGGAUGGCUAUCGAAGGAUUGGUCAAAUGGUUCAUAAUCUUGCACAUCGACACAGUGGUGGACGUCUUCUUAUUGUUCAAGAAGGCGGAUAUCAUAUUACUUACUCAGCUUAUUGUCUUCAUGCAACCCUUGAAGGUGUGCUAAACCUUCCAGUGCCUCUAUUAUCUGAUCCGAUUGCUUAUUACCCUGAGGAUGAGGCUCUUGUUGUCAAAGUUGUUGGAUCCAUAAAAAAAUACCAUAAUGACGCUGUUCCAUUUUUUAAGGGAGCUUGAUUUGGAGAUUGAUGCUGAUACUCCACAGUAGGCGAAUGAAUUUCAAAGAGAAAUGCCCAAAUUGCCUCAGCAUCUGAAGUAGCAGGAGGCUGUAAGUUAUCUUGCUAAAGUCAAAAAACCCUUGCAAGC